UGCUCUCUCUCUCUCUCUCUUUCGUCUGCGGAAAACAGAUUUCAAAGAUACACCACUGGCCACAAAUACCGUCCGAGGGCUUUCACGUCAGCCUUCACAAGUCAGGACAAAAACACGCAGCCUGUAAGCGUGAAAGAUCGGACCAUCGGUCGGCCCGGAUCCACGGCUAGUGUGCUCAUAGAUCACGACGACGACGACGACGAUCAUGAUACAUUCCCAGACAAUGCAGAUAUCUCGAAUGAUGCCGCAGUGGUGAACCUCCUUGCUCCUCUUGCUGUCUCAGCUGAAGAGAAUACAAUGAACGGAAAUGAGUCUGAAGACAACUCUGACGACAACUUUGGCAGCAACUCUGACGACAACUUUGACAACAACUCUGACGACAACUCUGACGACAACUCUGACGACAAUUCUGGUAGCGGAAGCGAUUACGAGGGGGAUCAACAAGCUGAGGACCAGCCUAUCGAUGCAGAACGUCCCAAGAAAAGGGCAUUCAAGAAGAUUACAUAUACCAAGAGCUCCAGGGAGGCUCGUGAUGCCGAUGUACCACUGAACGAGAACGCUGUUCCCCGCAAGAUCAACCCAACAAACCUGAUGGUCGACGCUGUUGCAUCUUUGCAUCCAAUGCGCGCAAUGAGGCCAGGCCGGAUUGAGUCGUGUCUUAUUCACAGUCUCAAAGAGUCGUUCCCUUGUAUGAAUGACCAGGACCGUAGCCUCUUAUUGGACCAUCUCCUCGAGACCAUGCAGACGAUGGCAAGAGUCCAUACUGAUUUGCUACGCGAGGGCCUUUUGGUGACCAAUCUCUACAUAGCAAGAACGUUCGGAACAUUCCCAGCAAUUGACGGAGAUCGAGGACGAGUGCAUCGCGACAAAAGAAUGGAACACUUCAACAAUAUCCUGCAUUAAUGGCGUCCGACAAGAUUUUUCAGGAGUAUUUACAAAUCACCUCGCAACGCCAGGUAUCGCCAUUCCGACUGAAGGAUAGAGACGUCUGUGAAGGCUCCUUCAUGAGCCAGUGUGCGAGAAUACUGUCCGAUAUGGUAGGAAGCCACCUCUACAAGUUUUCAUUGGAACUUAAGAAGCGGGCAUUAAUGCACAAUCCCUCCUGGGCCUCUUCUGAGAACGGGAAGGGCAUUUUGGACUCUAUCGACGAUA